AUGGAGGGCGUCAACGUGGCUAAGUGCUCCAAUUUGUACUUUCAAACACCGCUUUUGCAAAGUACGUGUUUGUCAAAUAGGUUUGGAUACGAUGUUCAUCUGAAGCUGGAAAAUGUACAGCCUGCUGGUUCGUUUAAAAUUCGCGGUAUUAGUAACAGGUGUAAGAAGGCUGCAGAGGAAGGUUACACUCAUAUUGUCUCAUCAUCAGGAGGUAAUGCUGGGCUUGCGGCAGCUUAUUCGGGAAGGAUGCUAAAAAUGCCUGUAACAGUUGUUGUCCCAGAGACCACGCCCGAAGUCAUGAGAAAUAGGAUAAAAGAAGAAGGUGCCAGUGUAAUUGUGAAAGGCAAGGUUUGGGAUGAAGCGAAUUCCUAUGCGAUGAGUCUCACGGAGAAACCUGGUCAUUUCCUAGUGCACCCGUUCGACCAUGAAGACUUAUGGGAGGGUCAUGCAACGAUGGUUCACGAAAUAGCGGCAAGUCUCCCCCGGAAACCUUCAGUUGUUGUCGCGGCGGUCGGGGGUGGAGGCCUGCUCUGCGGGGUGCUGAAAGGACUACAUGACGUGGGUUGGAGUGACGUGCCUGUCGUUGCUAUGGAAACAGAAGGAGCCAAUUGUCUGGCUGCGUCAAUACAAGCCGGACGAGUCGUUACGAUCCCAGAGAUAACGAGCCUCGCGAAAUGUCUGGGAGCUCAAACACCUUGUGAAGAAGCUUACAAUUGGACGUCUCGUCAUAAUCUUAUUUCUCACGUUGUACAAGACAAGGAUGCACUCAACGCUUGUCUUAAUUUUGCUGAUGAUCAUCAAAUGCUAGUUUCUCUGGCGUGUGGGGCGGCGCUCUCAGCCGUAUACUCGGGCAUAUUGCCAAGUUUAAAAAACCAGGGGAAACUUCAAGCGCUCACGGAUGCCGUGGUGAUUGUAUGUGGGGGGAAUGGGGUGACGUUGAAAAGACUACAGGAGUGGAGGGAUAGUGUUGGGGACUUUCAUGAGGUGUUAGUCGAUUUGGGCUGAAUCAAGUUUUCGUCGGAAUAAUAUGCGAGAAGAUCAAGACCUUAGCUGGUGUAUAAAAGAAACUGAAUAAAGCUAUAAUUAUGGAUGAACUACAUCACAAUAUGAAGCCAACUACGUAUCAUAUAUCACGCACUUUAAAUACUCCUGUGGUGAAAUCCUCCGUAAUUUAUUAGGAAUUUGUAGAAUUAGAACGUAAUUUAUGAUAAUAUAAUCUCAUUAAAUUCCAGACAUGCGUGGUUUGGAAAAUGAAAUUGCGCCGUCGGUCCGUCAGCAGUGAUCACGAUGGGUUUAUGCGCAGAAGAAGCUAGUUUUGCUUGAAAGUUCUCGAGGUAUUGUCUCUCUUCGACUCCCAGCCACAAACAGCGUGGAUCGACGUUUGAAAGCUCAGAAA